AUGGAGCGAAGAAGGAACGGUGGACAGCUCUUGGCUGUAACGUUGCUGGCGCUGACUCUUCAUACCGUGUUGGCUGUCAAAGCUGGUAUUUCCAUCAAGGCGUUUCAAUCUCUCCUAGGACCCGCACAAAAUGUCCUGUACCUCAAGCUUUCAAGACACGACGGUGUCGUCGUCGUAAGCGUCCGAAACGCCCUCUACGCGCUGUCACCCGACGACCUGUCGGUCCGGGCGGUUUAUAGGACGGGCCCCGAAAACGACAGCUUGCUGUGUCCACCCUAUCCUCUAUCCUGCAUCCACAGCCGUAACGUGACGGACAACUACAACCGCAUCCUGCUGCAAGUCGGCAACGAGCCACUCGUUCUGGCCUGCGGGGCCACGUCUCAGGGCAUGUGCUCGAUUCACGACCCUCUACGCGGCCUGAACGUCACGGCGUCCAUGGACAAGAACCUGACGGACAACUACGUCGCUUCGAAGCGGAGCACCGUGGCCUUUUUCAGAACCAGAAGCGACGGAAGGCACGUCCUUUUUUCCGCAACAGUUUCGGACGAACGCCCUCCGGAGUACCGUCUCUUCCCCUUGUCUUCAAGAGGGCUCGACCCGACGAGCUCCUUCACACUGUUGUCUCACGCACGUGCGGCUCCUGCGGACGUCGUCAACAGGCUAAGGGCAUCUGAAACACUUCGCUUCGUUUAUGGGUUCAGUCACAACGGCUUAGCUUACUUCGUCGAGGUGCGGAAAGUGCAAGUGCAGUACCGAUACUCCUUGGAAACGCGGCUGGUGCGAGUGUGCGAGAACGACGAGUCUUCCUUCCGCACGUACGUGGACGUACCCAUCAGGUGCCCCAUGCGAGAGGGCGUGCUUUCAGCGGCCACCAGCGCCCAUCUAGGGCCGUCGAGGACUGCUGGCGGCGGUGGAAGUGUUCUUGCAGUGGCUUUUGGAAAGCCUACCUUCAUCAGGGCGAAAUAUUUCGCAUUUAGUUCGUCCAUUUCGGUGGUCUGCUUUUUCGACAUGAACCGCGUCGAGGAUACAUUCAGGGAGACCGUCGAAAACUGCGACAAGGGCUUGUCCAGUGCGAGACUGUCGCCCCUGUACCACGACGAGGGCGAUGACCUCAAAUGUUCUCCUUACGUGAGUAUAGGUCUUUGGUGA